AUGGCACUGACAACACAGGUUGCUGUUUUGGAAAUUACCUACAAUGAGAAUUUCUUCUUGACUAUUUUUCAUCUGCAAUUUGUUGAAUCUGCUGAUGAAGAACCUGAAGCUAUGGAGGCUGAGGUUGUAGUUUGUCAGUGUCCCAGAGAGGCGUCUGCGUGUAGCAGUAUGGCUGGUUUGAUGUACACUUUUGUCUUGGAGGAAAAUCUUGGCCAGAAUGGUGGCUCCACUCCUGGAGCUGCAGCUGGUGCCGUACAGCAAACCCUGCCCACAGGGCCCACCGCCAGCCUUCAGCCAGGGCCACCGAGAAGCUGCCUUCCCUGCCGGUGCCCGGGAAGCUUCGCUGUCUGCCGCCGGUUUCGACUUCACGUGGUUUCCACGUGGACGCGACUUCAGCGGUCAGCGCGCACAGAGCACACGCGGGCGCCCGAGUCUCCGGGACACUUGGGUCUCUCAGGGUGGUCAGGCCCGGAAGCGCACGUUUCUGGACUGGGUUCCUCUUUAGACCGGAGCCCCUCUCUAGUGACACGGAAGCCGCCGUGGAGAAAGCCCACCAAGCACAGUACCCCUGACGAGAUGACCAGGGGCCCGAGCCCACGGCCGCCGGGCAGGGCGGCCUAUCUGCACGGGUCUCCCUUGCCCGCACACUCCUCCCAGGACCUCGCCUCCCAGCUGGCCGAGGUCAGCCCCAUAGCCACCUUCAGAAAGAGGCGGCUUUCCACCGUCUGGGAUUCCGAGGGCUCCAGCGCCAAGUUGGAGCCCUGCGCAGACCGCUCAGCUGCAGGGGAAGACCCACCCGCGUCAGCGCCGCUGAACCACCCGCGCAAGCAGCCGCAGCGGCCACCGCCACGCCCGCCGCAGGCCGUGCGCCCACCUAGGAGCCGGCAGCAGAACCCAGGAUUGCCCGGAAUUCCAGACGCAGCCCAGAGGAAGAGACCAGACUGGAAGGGGCGGGCAGCAGCAAUGAGGCGACUGAAGCAGUGGGAAGCCCGCCUGCUCCGGGAAAUUGAAGAGGCCAUUCAGCAUGAGCUCACCAUCCAAGCUGAGGGAGCCCUGAGCGCUGAGCUUACCUGCCAAGCAGAGGGGGCACCCACGCCCCAGGAGAGUCACGGUUGA